AUGAUUCAGAUGCAGUCCGUGCUGGACGUUGCCGACAAUUCCGGCGCCCGGAAGAUUGCCGUGAUCAAUCCGGUCGGCGGUUCGACCGGCCGUUUCGCGCGACUUGGGGAUGUCGUGACCGCCUCCGUCAAGGAGGCGACGCCCGCCUCGGCCGUCAAGAAGGGUCAGGUGGUGAAGGCCGUCAUCGUCCGGACGCACAAGGAGCAUCGCCGGCGGGACGGCAGCUACAUUCGGUUCGACCGCAACGCCGCGGUGCUGGUCGACGAUCAGAACGAGCCGAUCGGGACCCGCGUGUUCGGUCCCGUCGCCCGCGAAUUGCGCGAGCGGAAGUUCAUGAAGAUCAUCUCGCUGGCGCCCGAGGUGCUGUAA